AGAGAGACACCGAGGAAGAAAAGACGAAGAAGAAGGCGACCAUGUUGAUUUAAAGCAAGAAGAAACACAAUAGAGGCGAUUUAUUUCAAGUAGAAAUCAGUUAAUAAAGCGAAUUGUAAAGGAAGCAGUUCAUCAAUCGCACACUGAGAACCCCUUGUAAAAUAUCAAAGAAACUAAGGCCUAUAGCAUAGUUAUAGCAAACAAGCUGAGAAAGGAGCUCCUCUCAUCGGCCAACAGUUUACAACUUAGAUAUGUUCAACAUGUAAUGGUUACAAGUUUGAGUUGUUGGCUGACUUUGAGGAGGCAGCGGGUUGAUCACGGCCACACUCGCACACAGACCUGAAGACCUGUGGUGUCCGGAGAGAGCGGGUCGAACACCUGGAGGAGAAAGAAAAAGAAACACACACACUGAGACUCAAAAGGGGUGGAAAGCUUUUGGGCUUUGGACUAGAAAACCCCUUGUAUUUGUGAAUUCAAUUUUUUCACACGGUGGAGUGACAUAUAUCCACACCGUGGAACUAAACGGAGAGCGUUACAGACUAUGAUUUUGGGGAAACACUUGUGCAAAGUUGGACAUCCUUUUUUUCAAGGACAGGGAUAUUGAGCAACUCUAUGGACUCAAAGUGGAAAGAGGAAAUAUUGUUCAAUUUACAAACAGAAGUUCAAGCGUUGAUUCAAGAUUAUAUUGAAGAGGCUGUUCCCCAAGUUCAGAUUGCCUUAGUUGUUCUAUUUCAGGACUUGAACCGCUUUGAUACUUGUUCACAUAUAAUUUUUCUAUAUUGCGGGCAAGUAUAUUCAUGCAUAUGAAUGCAGAUUUCUCUUCAUUUUGAAGAGCUCUUGUGUAAAAACGUGUUUUUUGUUCUUGUACGUCAGUCACUCUGUUGUUGAAGGGGACCGAACUGCACGUACAUGUGUAUAUGUAAAUACUACAAAUUGACUUCUGUUGUAAAAGCUUUGGACUUAAAAAGAAUAGAAAAUAUUGUUUGUUAAUGCUUUAUUAAACUUUUUUACUUUUUGAAGAGAAUUUUUAAAAAGAGAAACCUAAGAGGCAAAAAUCUAAUACUUUGAAGAAGAAAAACAAAAGCAAAGAAAACCGGAAAAAUGGCAACGGCCAGGACAGAAAACAUUGGCCCAGUUGUCAUGGGACUGAACAAGCAGAAUGGGCAACUCAGAGGACAGACUAAACCAGCGUCAGUCCAGCAAGCACCCACAACUCAAGGAAAGACUUUGGGUGCACCCCAGAUAGCGGGUGGUGCUGCUCAGGACGGAGGAGGCAUCAAGUUUGGAGAUGACUGGAAAAAGAGCCUAAAGCUCCCUCCCAAAGACAACAGGGUCAAAACUUCAGAUGUGACGUCCACUAAGGGGAAUGAGUUUGAAGAUUACUGUCUCAAGAGAGAACUCCUGAUGGGCAUCUUUGAGAUGGGUUGGGAGAAGCCUUCCCCUAUCCAGGAGGAGAGCAUUCCCAUCGCUCUGUCUGGACGGGAUAUUCUGGCUCGGGCUAAGAAUGGAACAGGGAAAAGUGGAGCCUAUCUCAUUCCACUGCUAGAGAGAAUAGACCUGAAAAAGGACCAUAUACAGGCACUUGUCAUGGUGCCCACCCGUGAGCUGGCACUGCAGGUAAGCCAGAUCUCCAUCCAGAUCAGCAAACACCUGGGGGGAGUCAAAGUCAUGGCCACCACCGGGGGCACCAACCUGCGAGAUGACAUCAUGCGUCUGGAUGAGACUGUCCAUGUGGUUAUCGCCACACCUGGUAGGAUCCUGGACUUGAUAAAGAAGGGAGUGGCAAAAGUGGAUAGAGUCCAGAUGAUGGUGAUGGAUGAGGCGGAUAAGCUGCUGUCUCAGGAUUUUGUGGUGCUCAUCGAGGAUAUCAUCAGCUUCCUGGCCAAGAACAGGCAGAUCCUGCUCUACUCUGCAACCUUCCCCAUCAGCGUGCAGAAGUUCAUGGCCAAGCACCUUCAGAAACCCUAUGAGAUAAACCUGAUGGAGGAGCUUACUCUGAAGGGAAUUACUCAGUACUACGCCUACGUCACAGAGAGGCAAAAAGUCCACUGCCUCAACACACUGUUCUCCAGGCUUCAAAUCAACCAGUCGAUUAUCUUCUGUAACUCCACUCAGCGGGUGGAGCUUUUGGCCAAGAAGAUCACUCAGCUGGGCUAUUCUUGCUUCUACAUCCAUGCUAAAAUGAUGCAGGAAUACAGAAACAGAGUGUUCCAUGACUUCAGGAACGGACUGUGCAGAAACCUGGUCUGCACUGAUCUCUUCACCAGGGGUAUUGAUAUCCAGGCUGUCAAUGUAGUCAUCAACUUUGACUUCCCCAAAAAUGCGGAGACUUACCUCCAUCGUAUUGGAAGAUCAGGGAGGUUUGGUCACCUUGGCUUGGCCAUCAACCUGAUCACAUCGGAGGAUCGCUUCAACCUGAAGGCCAUAGAAGACCAGCUGGUCACCGACAUCAAGCCCAUUCCCAGCAGCAUCGACAAGAGCCUCUACGUGGCCGAGUUCCACGCGUCUGGCACUGACUGUGAUGUGGAGGAGAUUGAGGAGACACCUGGACGCCAACAGGACACCACCUAAACCAGGACACACCGGGCUUUUGCACAGACAUCAGCGCUUGCACACAAGCUUCAGGCAAUUCUUAAGUUUCACAUUUCUCACACAUUUAUAUUUCAGAGCCUGUUAAAUGGAUCUAAAGGCCUUUUUUUUUUUUUUUUUUUUUUUUCCCUUAUCUGUUCCUCAAAGAAAGCUGCCUCAUUCUUUAUUUUUUAUUAAUUGAUAAACUAUACUGUUUUGCACCAAAUUCAGAAUGUACCAUGCAUCCUGCAAAUGAGUUCAGCAUGUUUCGUUGGAUUUAUCUUGGUUAGACAGCACUUGCUGUUGAAACACAGGCCGCAGAGCAAAUGUCUAUCAAAGCUGUUUUGAACCGGUCGUUCUUGGGAAAGGUUUUCAUUAUCCGCAGCGAGGUUGGUCUCUUGCUAAAGUUACAAUGGUGCACUUAACACCAGCCAUCGUUUUGUCCACUUACACUGUUGUUGUCACAAAGUGCCUUACUUACUGCCGUGUGCACUCAUCCAUUCAUAGCCUGCUGUCUUCUGUCACGCAGCAGAGUACGAGCACAAAUAUGGUGAAUUUAAUAGUAACCCUAGUUUAUUUAAACAUCCGUUAUGCAAGGGAAAAAGACAACAAUCGCACACACUCUCCUGCUGAGAGAUGUGUUGAAACACGGCUCAAACUCCUAAAAACCCAUCCUGAAUGUGAACGUUUUAUUUUUAAUGUGAACAUUGCAAUAAAAAAAAGGGCAGCUUUAUUUAAAUACUGCGUGACUGUUUCUCCCUUUUUACUAUGGAUAAUAUGAGCAUCGUUAAUACGAUAAAACGGCAAAAGACACAAGCCCCCAUACUGAUUCAUGGAUGUUAGCCUGCAACCACAAAAACAGCUGGGGAGAUGAACAGCAGCCUCAUGCUGUUACAUUGUGAUCAUUGCUGGUGAGUUUGCCCGCACACCGCUUUAGUUUGGAUGUUCUUUUACAUCAAAAUGAUCAUAUUGGACUGGUGAAUACUCUAAACCCAUGUGCCACUGAAACUGGUAGAUGAAAAAGAAGUUUCCACUCCCACAUGCUGCGACAGCAAAGUACUAAUGCAUCCGAGGCUGGUUCAGAACAGUUGUGAUAGUAACGUGCCAUUACCAAGCUGAUACACAAUUAGGUAUCAACGGGUCCAAGGGAUACAUUGUUUUUGUAGAAGUUGGUGCAAAACUAUAGUUUGAAUGCUUCAGAUUCAGUUAAAUGGUGUGGAAAUAUAAGGUGGAAUUAGUUUUUUUUCUGUUUUUUUUUUUUAUAUAAAAACCCCAAACGUGACAAAAUGGAAGUUGGUGAAUGUAUUAGUUGCCAAUGUGAAUAUUCUCUAGCACAGUGGUUGAAUGCCAAGCUCUUGAGCAAACUUGACAUUUGUAUUGCUGCUGUUGCAUUAGAAACUGCUCUUCAGGCUUUGCUUUUAUGAAAUGAUGUACCGGAUAUGAAAUGGUGUCAUAGACUACGAGGUGAUGAAACCUGCUCGGCCUAUAAAGGAGCACAUUGACCUUCAAUUGAACCACAACUAAAAUUAGAAAGUUUUCCUUCUGCAGCAGCGAUACCUUUUUCCUUUCUUCCCCCAGCACAGCUGUGUGUUAUUAAAAAAUAACAAUGGGAGGGGUGGGCUCUGUGUUUUGAAAGCAAAAUUGUAGCAUCUCUGAACAGGCAGCUGUGACUUCUUUGUUUUUGUCCCCCCCUUUACAGAGCAUCACUUAAGAUAGAAAAAAAGACCUAAAAAAGAAAGUAUUUUUGCUUUUAAGAUUUAUUUUUGAUGUUGCUUAAAGCAGUUUGAAGAGGGGCGGGCCGGGACCGUGAGGCUUUAGCACUGGGUAACGUGAAGGGGUUUUGGGGUGGGUUUGCAGAGCCAAGUUUUUUUUUAUUAUUUUAUAAAUAGAUGCUCUUAUGGUGUCUUGAAUCUUUCCUUCUCUGGUACUUAAAGCAAAGACAAAAGCUUUGAUUUAAAGUUGUUUCCCCUCAAAAGUACACAAUACUUGUUUUCUUUGUGUUUUAAGUACCAGAGAGAGUUGAGUUAUACGGGAAAGAGUUUCUGGAAAUUGUUCAAGCGCUGAUCGUCUUGACCCGGUGUGUGUGUGACGACGAUCAGAGGGCUUUGAAUUGUUUUCAGCAACUCCAUCCAUUUCCCACAAGGGCACUCUAUAUGAGCUGUUGGGAAUCAUUUUGAGGAAAAAAAAAUUGUAAAUGAUUCAUUGUUUACACUAGUCGUUUACAAUUACAAAAAGAAAAUACUUUGCUUCAUGAGUGGAGGUUGAUUUUUGUUCCCUUUUUAUUUUUUCAUCCUUGAAAUAGAUUUUCAGGAUUUACAUUGAAGCGAAACCAAAGUGUGUGUGUGUGUGUGUGUGUGUGUGUGUGUGUGUGUGUGUGUGUGUGUGUGUUGUGUGUGUGUGUGUGUGUGUGUGUGUGUGUGGUGUGUGUGUGUGUGUGGUGUGUGUGUGUGUGUGUGUGUGUGUGUGUGUGUGGUGUGUGUGUGUGUGUGUGUGUGGUGUGUGGUGGUGUGUGUGUGUGGAGCCAAGUAGUUACUCGUGUGGAUGUGAAUAAUUCGGAGUGAGACUGCACGUACUUGUUGUGUGUCUGUUUUCGCGUGCAGAUUUGUCGUCCUGUGUUUUUGUUGGCGGUCUACAAUGUCUUAAAUAUCAGUAUGGCUGUUUACAGUUGUCAGGGAUGUGUUUUUGUUUUUCCUUUACCAUCUCUAUCGUUCUCCAGGAGCAAGUUUGUGGACCUCAUUCUAAUUUCUUAUGACAAGUUUCCACUUUUCUGUUCUUUAUCUGUUUUUUGUCCCUGAUCACGUCCCUGACAGUCAUUCCAUGAUCUCUUUUGUGACCCAAAUCUGUAAACCCCCUAAAAAGCUUUUUAUUACAACUUCAUUCAACUUUUUGUAGCUCCAGCCAUAUGUUCUGUUCUGUUAUGACAACCGUUGUAUCAUACACAAUCCAGCUGAUGAUUGGAGCUAUGAAAAUUAAGACACAAGUUGAAAUAAAAGGUAGUAAACUUGUGCAUCAGUGGCCACAAAGGAGGUUAUGACGAAUGCCGUUAUGAACGAGUGAUUCUGUUUUUGUCAUCAGGUGUUAAGACGUCUUUGUCUGUGUGUGUGCACUCCGACCUGUGGAGUCAGGAGUGCUGACGGGUGGGAGGGAAAAUUAGUUAAAAAGGGCAACUGUUUAAAAAAAUAAAAAAAGAAAAGGUGGGGAUUUGGGUAAAAAGUUUUGGGAUUCUUUAUAUUCUAAAUUGGUGGAAAUAAAA